AUGAACGCUCACACAAGGGACAUCUCUGCCCCGGCUACAGCCAUCUGUAAUCUCCCCAAUGACCAGCGCAUUACACACACGCUCCAAUGGCCGCUGAGAGACGAGACUUUAAGCAUUUUUGGGAUCAUGGUGGACAUGUUUUUGGAACGAGUCUUGGUGGAAAACAAUUGGGACCAGGAUGAACUGAACACAGAGCGAGAGAUCAUCGGGAUCUUGGAAAAUCGCAUCCUCAUGUUGUUCUUUGCAGCAGCCGACAACACCAAGUGCCAGGAGUUUCUGCCCAUCCUUAACGACUUCUUCAAAAGGCUAAAGGAUCCAGCUUACAUCGAAUAUCCCAAACUACUUGCCCUCAUUUAUGUCAGCACAGACCAAACAGAAGAGCAGCAGCAGAAAGUUCUCAAAGAACUUCAUAAAAGGACUCUGUUCUUGCCUUUUGAAGAUCCAUACAAACAGGAACUACAGGCCAUAUUUAAGAUUACAGAAGUACCUACAGUGGUGGUCCUGCGGCCUGAUGGGUCGGUUCUUUCUCCAAACGCAGUAAAAGAGAUUUCGCAAUACGGCUGUGACUGUUUCAACAACUGGCAGGAAUCAGCAGGUUUAGUGGAGAGGAGCUUCAUGCUGAAUGAGGAGUUUGACAACCUAAAUUUACGCACAGCAACAGACCCUGUGAAGCGACUCAAGUACAAGAUGGAGGACGACAAGAGAAAGAAACGGUGGUGGAAGCCGUGGACCAAAGGCAGAGCUCAGGAGGAAGAGGAAGAGCCAGGCAGAUGCAGAGAGUUGUUCCUGGUGGAUUUGCAGUUGCCACAACGGGAGAUAACAAUUGUUAGAGAGCAGAUCAUGGUGGACCUGUUUGUCGAUCGGGUCUUAGUUAAAAACAACAGGGACCAGGACGAACUGGACACAGAGCGAGAGAUAGUGAAUCGUCUGCAGAAUCGCAUCUUGAUGCUUUUCUUUGGAUCAGCAGCGUGUGACAGGUGCCUGGAGUUUGCUCCGGCUCUCUGUGACUUCUACAAACGACUCACUGACGAGUUCUAUGUGGACCGCUCCGCUCAACUGGUUCUGCUCUACAUCAGCAUGGAUCAGUCAGAGGAUGACCAAGAAAGCUUCCUUCAAGAGCUGCCCAAGAAAUGUCUGUUUCUGGCCCACGAGGACGCCUACAGGAGGGAGCUGGAGUCCAUGUUUAACAUACAGGAGGUGCCCACAGUGGUUGUCCUGCGCCCUGACAGCUCUGUGCUCAUCCAAAACGCAGUAGACGAGAUAGUUCACUUGGGACCAGAUUGCUACAAGAACUGGCAGGAGGCAGUCGAAAUCAUCGAUAGAAACUUUAUGAUCAGUGACGACAUCAGUGAUAAGUCAAUGAGGAGUCUGACCGACCCUGUGCGGAGACUUAAGUACAAGAACGCAGCGGGGAAGAUAUCGAGCCUCGACAGGACGCGGAGGGAGGGCUACUGUAAACUGGAAAGAGAACGCCCAGUUGUUGUCGCUAAUGACCGCCUCAUAGUGACUGCCUUGACCGUGCACAGACCCAGGGAGGAGGACGGGAGAUGA